AUGGAGGACCCCGCGGCGCCCGGGGCCGGAAGCGCGUCCACCAAUGGCAACGGCAACGGCGGCGGCAAAGGGAAGCAGACGGCACCCAAGGGCCGGGAAGCGUUCAGAAGCCAGCGGCGGGAGUCGGAGGGCUCUGUGGACUGCCCCACUCUGGAAUUUGAGUAUGGAGAUGCAGAUGGGCACGCAGCAGAGUUGUCAGAAUUAUAUAGCUACACUGAAAACCUGGAAUUUACCACUAACAGGAGGUGCUUUGAAGAAGAUUUCAAGACUCAAGUGCAGGGCAAGGAGUGGCUGGAAUUGGAGGAAGAUGCUCAGAAGGCCUAUGUGAUGGGACUCCUAGACCGACUGGAGGUGGUCAGUAGGGAACGGCGACUGAAGGUGGCCCGGGCUGUUCUCUACCUGGCCCAAGGCACUUUUGGGGAAUGUGAUUCAGAGGUCGAUGUGCUACACUGGUCCAGGUACAACUGCUUCCUGCUCUAUCAGAUGGGGACCUUCUCGGCCUUCCUGGAGCUGCUCCACAUGGAAAUCGACAACAGCCAGGCCUGUAGCAGUGCUCUUCGGAAACCAGCCAUCUCCAUUGCUGAUAGCACAGAGCUCAGGGUGCUGCUGAGUGUCAUGUACCUAUUGGUGGAAAAUAUCCGCCUGGAGCGAGAGACAGACUCCUGCCGGUGGAGGACAGCACGAGAGACCUUCCGCACUGAAUUGAGCUUCUCCAUGCAUAAUGAGGAGCCUUUUGCCCUUCUGCUUUUCUCCAUGGUUACCAAGUUCUGCAGCGGCCUGGCUCCCCACUUCCCCAUAAAGAAGGUCCUGCUUUUGCUCUGGAAGGUAGUCAUGUUUACCCUCGGUGGAUUUGAGCAUCUACAGGUUCUCAAAGUACAGAAGCGGGCAGAACUGGGGCUGCCUCCACUGGCUGAAGAUAGCAUCCAGGUGGUGAAGAGCAUGCGUGCCGCCUCCCCGCCCUCUUAUACCCUCGACCUGGGGGAGUCUCAACUGGCACCACCACCCUCUAAGCUGCGAGGCCGUCGUGGUUCUCGAAGGCAACUCCUCACUAAGCAAGAUAGCCUGGACAUCUACAAUGAAAGAGAUCUCUUUAAGACUGAGGAACCAGCCACAGAGGAGGAAGAGGAGUCUGCUGGUGAUGGAGAACGAACCUUAGAUGGAGAGUUAGACCUGCUAGAGCAAGACCCGCUGGUGCCACCUCCACCUUCACAGGCACCCCUUUCUGCUGAGCGGGUGGCCUUUCCCAAGGGCCUACCUUGGGCCCCAAAGGUCAGACAGAAGGACAUUGAGCACUUCUUGGAGAUGAGCAGGAACAAAUUCAUCGGAUUCACUCUGGGGCAGGACACAGACACCUUGGUUGGAUUACCCAGGCCCAUCCAUGAGAGUGUGAAGACUUUAAAGCAGCACAAGUACAUCUCCAUUGCAGAUGUUCAGAUCAAGAAUGAGGAGGACCUGGAGAAGUGCCCCAUGUCUUUGGGGGAAGAGGUGGUACCAGAGACACCAUGUGAAAUCCUCUACCAAGGCAUGCUCUACAGCCUCCCCCAGUACAUGAUUGCUCUGCUUAAGAUUCUACUGGCUGCAGCCCCCACCUCCAAGGCUAAGACAGACUCUAUCAAUAUCCUGGCUGAUGUCCUGCCUGAGGAGAUGCCCAUCACUGUUCUUCAGAGCAUGAAGUUGGGAAUCGAUGUGAACAGGCACAAGGAGAUCAUCGUAAAGAGUAUCUCUGCUCUGCUCCUGCUACUCCUCAAACACUUCAAACUGAACCAUAUCUACCAGUUUGAAUAUGUAUCACAACAUUUGGUAUUUGCCAACUGCAUUCCUUUGAUCCUGAAGUUCUUCAAUCAAAAUAUCUUGUCCUACAUCACUGCCAAAAACAGCAUCUCAGUCCUGGAUUACCCUUGCUGUACCAUCCAGGAUUUGCCGGAGCUUACUACAGAGAGUCUGGAAGCUGGAGACAACAACCAGUUCUGCUGGAGGAACCUCUUUUCCUGCAUCAACCUUCUGAGGCUGCUCAAUAAACUGACCAAAUGGAAGCAUUCCAGAACCAUGAUGCUGGUGGUAUUCAAAUCAGCUCCAAUCUUAAAGCGGGCCCUCAAGGUCAAACAGGCCAUGCUGCAACUUUAUGUUCUGAAGCUGCUAAAAAUACAGACCAAGUACUUGGGGCGCCAGUGGAGAAAAAGCAACAUGAAAACCAUGUCGGCCAUCUACCAGAAAGUACGCCACCGCAUGAAUGAUGACUGGGCUUAUGGGAAUGACAUCGAUGCCAGGCCAUGGGACUUCCAAGCAGAAGAAUGCACUUUGAGGGCCAACAUUGAGGCUUUUAACAGCCGCCGGUAUGACAAACCCCAGGACUCUGAAUUUUCACCUGUGGAUAACUGCUUGCAGAGUGUGCUGGGGCAGAGGUUGGAUCUGCCUGAGGAUUUCCACUAUUCAUAUGAGCUCUGGCUGGAGAGAGAGGUGUUUUCACAGCCCAUCUGUUGGGAGGAGCUGCUCCAGAAUCACUGA